CCGAGCAACGGAGCUAUUCCCUCUAGUCACGCCCAAAGAAGAUGGUGGCGGUGCUGCCGUGGGGGCUCUGGCUGGGGCUGCUCUGCUGCCUGGCGGUGGUCCUGGGGGAUGAGGGUCAGAAGGGCAGCGACGCCCCCCAACCCAGGAAGAAGAAGGACAUUCGGGAUUACAACGACGCCGACAUGGCGCGGCUGCUGGAGCAGUGGGAGAAAGAUGAUGAUAUCGAAGAAAACGACCUUCCUGAGCACAAGCGUCCCUCUGCGCCUGUCGAUUUCUCAAAGAUCGAUCCAAACAAACCUGAGACCAUUUUGCAGAUGACCAAAAAAGGGAAGACUCUGAUGAUGUUUGUCACCGUGUCAGGAAAUCCCACGGAGAAAGAAACAGAGCAGAUCACCAAUCUGUGGCAGGGGAGCCUUUUCAAUGCUCAUUACGAUAUACAGAGGUUUAUUGUCGGCUCAAACCGUGCCAUCUUUAUGCUGCGGGAUGGAAGCUACGCGUGGGAGGUCAAAGACUUCCUGAUCAAUCAAGAGAGGUGUGCCGAUGUAACUUUGGAGGGCCAGGUGUAUCAUGGCAAAGGAUUCUCAGAAAAGGAAAAAGUGAAAAAUGAGAUCAAGCCUGAAAAAUCCAAAAAGAAAAAAGAUACAAAAAAGAAAUCUGAGUCCCGGAUAGAAGACAACCGCACAAGCAAACCAAAAGAAGAGCUAUGAUGAUAAGUUAAUUGGACUGAGCACCAUAAAAGCAGAGCGGGGACGGAGGAGGAAACGAAGCUAUGGGGUAGCCGGUUCUGUUUCAGGGGGUCAGUUCCCUUAUUCACAAGAGUUAAUGUUCGCUGGUGUUGAUUCCUGGCUGGCUUUGAAGUCUAAAACAGGCAUGUUCUCUUUAAACUCAGUAUUACGAACUUUACUCAAAGGGAGGCAAAGAGCGUUCCAUUUUUGGAGCUUUGCUAUCACUUAUUUUGGAUCAGUCAGUGCCGUGAAUGGCUUACAGUGAAUGAAUAAGUGGAAGAUGAAAAUGUUUCCCCUCUAAACGUUUCUAUACUUCCAAGAUUGUAAUUUAAUUAAAAUAAAUAUGCCUUGAAGCUCCUGUUGAUGUGGCUGGAUUGUCAGAAGCCCAGUUUGGGAGACAAAAAGUUCGGUAUAAUCCGAUUUGUCUCUUUAAAAAGUUUGUGGUCAAAUACUGCCCCGCUAAACUGGAGAUUUGUCCCCCUGUUGGGCUUGCAGUUUCUCUGCUGGAAUUGAGCUGGAAAACAAAUCACCGCCAGACUUAGAGGGGUUUUUAGAAUUUCUGUGAGUAUGAAGGAGAUUGAUUCUGUUGUGCCAAUAUCUGCCACUCUUUUGUGGGGAGUUUAUGUGCAGAAAUCUGGCUGUCACUUUGAAUGCUUGUUCCAGAAUGUCAAUAAAUUUGUACACUUUUUUGCAGAA